AUGAAUCAGAAGAUAUCCACAGAAUUCAAAGAAUUUAUAUUUUUUUCCUUAUUUAGAUAUUUAUUAGAUAACGGAACUUUUUUUGUAGGUCGAGCGCGGCUCACGUGUGACAUCGACGAGCGUUGGAACGGACCACCGCCGCGAUGCGAGCCCAUUCGGUGUGACCCACCUCCAUUGGUGAGUCACAGCACUAUUCAGCUGGACGAAAUGAAUGCUGACAACAACCUGGACAAUAAAAACACAAACCGUAGCUUAAUAGUGGGCAGUAUUGUCACUUAUACUUGCGAUAAGGGCUACCAAGUCUCUGGUAGUCGACAAAUUUUGUGCUUACCCACCGGAUUAUACGAUCACCCGGCUCCGGUUUGCUUGCUCGAAGAAAGUCGCACGACGACCCGAGCAACCUCACGACCGCCUGUUACGCGUGGCAAGCCGUUUUACCCAGCAAGAACGCGGACCACAACAGAGCAGACUUCAACAGACUCCACCAACGCAGCAGCUGAAGAAAAAAUUUCUCUCGCUGAAUUACCAGCUACUGUUCGCGAGGCUGCUGUGAAAAAGCCCGCAGUUUCGCUCUACAGACCCUUUUCUUCUUCUUCCUCUUCGCCUAUACAACACACCAGCAACUACAAUAAUAAUAAUAAUAAUAAUAAUAAUAAUAAUAGUGAUGAUGACCAUCCACAAGACAAUGAAAUUUCAGGAAGCGGAGUUGAUAAUGCUCGGGCAAAAAUUGCAUCAGGCGUCGCAGAGCCAACAGGUCCAUUCAGGGUUGACAGUACUGGUUAUCAACCCAAGCUCAGUCUUGGGGGUAUGAUUACUCUAGGUGUCGUCGGAUUUGUAAUCGUUGUGUCCGUGAUUGCUACCACUGUAGUAGUUUUCAUGAAAAGGUAA